ACGCUUAAUACGUUAAUAGCGGGUAUUAUAAGGAUUAGUUUCGGCCUAAGUAAGGAAAUCGUUGCCCUGGGUAUAGUAGAAGUAGAGACGUACUCCGGAACGAUAACUUUCUAUAUUUUACUUAUUAAUACCCCAUUUUUUUUAUAUUUAAAAGAUAUAAAUCGACUAGGUAUUAUAUUUAAUAAUAUAAGGAAUAAAAUCUUUAGUAAUAAGUAUUUUAAAAUAGUUAAAUAA